GGCGGGGCCGAGGCUAGUUACGCCCGAGAGGAGGCGCCCAGCUCCGUUUCGAGGAUGUGGGGCCGGAAGGAAUGUGGAAGUUGUUUUUCUCUUUCAAAAGCUGAACAGCCCUUCCCACCCCUGCCCUGGGUGGAGGGUGUCGUGAACACGUUAAUAACCGGCUGCCCCGCACUGAGGGUUAACUUCUCCAAAUGCAGAAAGGGAAACUGAGGUUCAAGACAUAGCGACAGGCUGGUUCAAGACCUGGACCUCGCUUGCACCGAGGACCCCCUUCCUCGUGGGUCUCCGUGGCCCCCAGGCGGCUGACCACACUCAAAGACAGCUAGAAUUCCCAGCGCACUUUGGUCCUUGGGGCAUGCUAAAUUAAUAUUUUCUUAUAAGUCCCAUAAUUAGCUUUUUUUUUUUGAGGCGGGUUUUGCUCUGUCCCACAGGCUGGAAGGCAGUGGCGCGACCUUGGUUUAAUGCAACCUUCCCCUCUUGGGUUAAAGCGAUGACAAUGCCUCAGCCUCCAGAGUAACAGGGACUACAGGCGGAUGUCACCGCGCCCGCUAAUUUUUGUAUUUUUAUUAGACGGGGAGUUUCCAUGCUAGCCAGGCUGGGAUCACAGGCCUGAGCCAUCACACCUGGCCCCAUAAUAAGCUUUGAGUAGCACAGUAAUAUUGCAGGGUGUGCACGUAAAAAGAAUUAUAAAGAGUAGACAUUACAUGAACCGUAAUUACUGUUGGAACCCUGAGUUGGGUGCUUUACACACCAGUAACCUCAAAACUGGAGGUGGGCUGGCCAUCGUGGCUCAGGCCUGUAAUUCCAGCACUUUGGGAGGCUGAGGCAUAAUGAUCUCUUGCGCCCAGCCUGGGCAACAUGGCGAAACCUCGUCUCAACACAAAACACAAAAAUUGGCCAGGCACCGUGGCUCACACCUGUAAGCCCAGCACUUUGGGAGGUUAAGGCAGGCAGAUCACAAGGUCAGGAAAUUGAGACCAUCCUGGCUAACACAGUGAAACCCCGUCUCUACUAAAAAUACAAAAAAUUAGCUGGGCAUGGUGGUACGUGCCUGUGGUUCCAGCUACUCAGGAGGCUGAGGCAGGAGAAUCACUUGAACCAGGAGGCAGAGGUUGCAGUGAGCUGAGAUGGCGCCACUGCACUCCAGCUUGGGUGACAGAGAGAGAGAACGUAUCAAAAAAAAAAAAAAAAAAAUUGUGCUCACUUCGGCAGAACAUAUACUAAAAUUGGAACGAUACAGAGAAGAUUAGCAUGGCCCCUGCACAAGGAUGACACAUGAAUUCGUGAAGCGUUCCAUUUUAUUAAAAAAAAAAAUUAGCUGGGCAUGGUGGUGCAUGCCUGCAGUCCCAGCUGCCAGGGAGGCAGGAGGAUCUCUUGAGACCAGGAGGUGGAGACUGCAGUGAGCCCAGAUCAUGCCAUUACACUCCAGCCGGGGUAACAGUGAGACACUCUCUCAAAAAAAGAAACAUGAAGGCCAGGCGUGGUGGCUCACACCUGUAAUCCCAGCACUUUGGGAGGCUAAAGCAGAUAGAUUAUUUGAGGUCAGGAUUUUGAGACUAGCCUGGCCAACAUGGCAAAAACACAUCUCUACUAAAAAAUACAAAAAUUAGCCAGGCAUAGUGGCAUGCCUGUAAUUCCAGCUACUUGGGAGGCUGAGGCAGGAGAAUCACUUGAACCCGGGAGGUGGAGGUUGCAGUGAGCCGAGAUCGCACCAUUGCACUCCAGCCUAGGCGAAAGAGCAAGACUUUGUCUCAUAACAAACAAACAAACUGGAGGUGGGUGGCCUCCUGGUGAGGCAGGCCUGGGCUCUACACACCCAGCAUAGGAUCUCAAGCCUGUAGCUUGGGGAGGGUGGGAGGAGCCCACAGCUCAGGGGCACUGGGGCAAGCAGGAAGAGUCAGAGAGGAAGGGGUGACACCUCCCUACACUUGGGAGGGGCCCCCAGCGGUUGCCAAAGCUGUGUGAGGAGGAGGAAGUGAGAGGAGGAGGUGAGGUGCUGCCGGAGGUGAGCUGGGCUGGUGGGGACAGGGGCUGGGCCUGGGGCUGGGUCUCCAGACAGAGACCCAGUCAGUGUGGGGCCUAGCCCCCGCCCCCAUAAAAGAGGAGACGUAGGGGGCUUGGUGAGAUACCCUGAAACCUCUCAGCUCUGACCCUGCAGCCAGGCCCCAGCCUGGCCAGAGUGGUCCCUCACACUGGUUCUCCCCACAUUCUCUGCCUGUGGCAUUGAAGGCUGAGGGCACCAUGGCCCAGGCCCUGGGGGAGGAUCUGGUCCAGUCGCCCGGGCUGCAGGAUGACUCCAGCUCUUUGGGGUCGGACUCAGAACUCAGCGGGCCUGGCCCAUAUCGCCAGGCCGACCGCUAUGGAUUCAUUGGGGGCAGCUCAGCAGAGCCAGGGCCGGACCACCCCCCUGCAGACCUCAUCCGCCAACGGGAGAUGAAGUGGGUGGAGAUGACCUCUCACUGGGAGAAAACCAUGUCCCGGAGGUACAAGAAGGUAAAGAUGCAGUGCCGGAAAGGUAUCCCAUCUGCUCUGCGUGCCCGGUGCUGGCCCCUGUUGUGCGGGGCCCAUGUAUGCCAAAAGAACAACCCUGGCACCUAUCAGGAGCUGGCAGAGGCCCCUGGAGACCCACAGUGGAUGGAGACAAUUGGCAGGGACCUGCACCGCCAGUUCCCCCUGCACGAGAUGUUUGUGUCACCCCAGGGCCACGGGUACGAGGCAGGGCUCCUGCACGUGCUCAAGGCCUAUACCCUGUAUCGACCGGAGCAGGGCUACUGCCAGGCCCAGGGGCCUGUGGCUGCUGUGCUGCUCAUGCACCUGCCCCCAGAGGAGGCCUUCUGGUGCCUGGUGCAAAUCUGUGAGGUCUACCUCCCUGGCUACUACGGGCCCCACAUGGAGGCCGUGCGGCUGGACGCCGAGGUGUUCAUGGCUCUGCUGCGGCGGCUGCUCCCGCACGUGCACAAGCACCUGCAGCAGGUGGGCGUCGGACCCCUGCUCUACCUGCCGGAGUGGUUCCUGUGCCUCUUCUCCCGCUCCCUGCCCUUCCCCACAGUGCUGCGUGUCUGGGAUGCCUUCCUCAGUGAGGGUGCCAAAGUGCUGUUCCGUGUGGGGCUGACGCUGGUGCGCCUGGCGCUGGGCACUGCAGAGCAGCGCAGAGCCUGCCCUGGCCUCCUGGAGACACUGGGAGCCCUUCGAGCCAUCUCCCCAACGCAGCUGCAGGAGGAGGUCUUCAUGUCUCAGGUUCACGGCGUGGUGCUGUCGGAGCGGGACCUGCAGCGGGAAAUCAAGGCCCAGCUGGCCCAGCUGGCCCAGCUGCCCGAUUCUGCACCGGGGCCCCCACCCCGGCCACAGGCCCGCCUCCCCGGGGCCCAAGCCAUCUUCGAGGCCCAGCAGCUGGCAGGGGCGCAACCAGGUGCCAAGCCUGAGGUGCCUCGGAUCGUGGUGCAGCCCCCAGAGGAGCCCAGACCACCACGGCGGAAACCCCAGACCCGAGGCAAGACUUUCCAUGGGCUCCUGACUCGGGCCCGAGGCCCCCCCCUCGAGGGACCCCCCAGGCCCCAACGAAGCUCCACCUCCUUCCUGGACACCCGCUUCUGAGAGGACCAUGGACUCAGUGUCCCCCAGGCUCCAUCACCUGAUGGCUGAUGCCCAGCCCUGCACUUUACUCUUGGGACCUGGGGGCUCAGCUUCCUUCCUGGCAAGGACUAGGCGGAGGAGGAGGAGGUCCUCUGUGGUACAUACUGGGUGAGGCACUAGCAUGGGGGGGGUCCCAGAGUGGGGCACGUGAGGACCCAUGGAGCCAUCCUGGUGCCAGGCCCUCACGAGUACCAAAGCCAGCACUGAACAAGUCGGGGAAGGGGUCGGCUGGGCCGAGGGACCCCAGAGAGCUCCAGGAAUAAAAUCUUGAACAGA